UAAUAAAUAUAUAUAAGCAAAUGACACCCCGCCUACUCUCCCUCCAAUCCAUCUUAUGAUCCUUGUUACCCUGUCUCUUCCUUCUUAACGAUCUCUCUCCCCCUCUGAAUAUAUAAAUACAGAGACCACUAUUCAUGUGCAAGGUUAAGGGCGGCGCUUCCAUGUUCUUGAAUUAAUCCUCUUCUGUUCAACUUAGAAUCCUUUUGCCACCUUUGUCCCUCUUCUGUGACAUUUAUUCACAAUCUUGCAUGCAUUUGGUAAAAACAUAAGUUUCUAUUGAACCCUGGAGUUAAUUCAUGGGUUUGGUUUCAGUGCUACUGAUCUCGUUUUGUGUUCUGUCUAUAAGCAUGAUCGGCACUGAUAAUAUUGUUGUUGGGAUACCAACAACUCUUGAUGGACCCUUUAAGCCAGUGACUGUCCCUCUUGAUAAAACUUUUAGAGGACAUGCUGUGGACUUGCCUGAUACAGACCCUCGAGUGCAAAGGGUUGUUCAAGGUUUUGAGCCUGAACAGAUUUCUGUGUCCCUCUCUACUACUCAUGACUCUGUUUGGAUUUCUUGGAUUACAGGGGAUUUUCAAAUUGGGGAUAGAAUAAAACCAUUGAAUCCUAAAACUGUUGCUAGUGUUGUUCGAUAUGGAAGGUUAAGAAUUCCACUUAUUCACAAAGCUACUGGUUAUUCCCUUGUUUACAACCAGUUGUAUCCUUUCGUAGGCCUCCAGAACUACACUUCUGGGAUCAUACACCAUGUCCGUCUUACAGGGUUAAAACCCAACACACUUUAUCAUUAUCAAUGUGGAGAUCCUUCAAUACCAGCAAUGAGCAGUACAUAUUACUUUAAGACUAUGCCGGCUUCAGGCCCCAAGAGUUACCCCAGCAGAAUAGCAAUAGUGGGGGACCUAGGUCUUACGUACAAUACAACCUCAACAGUUGAUCACGUGAUUGGAAACAAUCCUGAUCUUAUUUUACUGGUUGGAGAUGUUUGUUAUGCUAACUUGUACCUUACCAAUGGAACUGGGGCUGAUUGCUACUCCUGCUCUUUUUCUCAGACUCCCAUUCAUGAAACCUAUCAGCCUCGCUGGGAUUACUGGGGAAGAUAUAUGCAGCCUGUGACAUCUAAAAUUCCAAUAAUGGUGGUAGAAGGAAACCAUGAGAUAGAAAAACAAGUUGAAAAUCAGACAUUUGUUGCUUAUAGUUCUCGAUUUGCGUUCCCAUCCAAGGAAAGUGGAUCAUCCUCCACAUUCUAUUACUCUUUCAACGCUGGUGGGAUACAUUUCAUAAUGCUGGGUGGCUACAUUGCCUACAACAAAUCAGCGCAUCAAUACAAGUGGUUGAAGAAAGAUCUUGCCAAGGUUGACAGAAAAGUGACCCCAUGGUUGGUGGCUACCUGGCACCCUCCUUGGUACAGCACCUACAAGGCGCAUUAUAGAGAAGCAGAAUGUAUGAGGACAGCAAUGGAAGAUUUGCUUUAUCAGUAUGGUGUUGACAUAAUCUUUAAUGGCCAUAUACAUGCCUACGAGAGGUCUAACCGGGUAUACAACUACACUUUGGAUCCUUGUGGUCCUGUUCAUAUCACCGUCGGUGAUGGUGGAAACCGAGAGAAGAUGGCCAUUGCACAUGCUGAUGAACCCCGUAACUGUCCUGAUCCAUCCACUACACCAGAUGAGUACAUGGGCGGUUUCUGUGCAUUCAAUUUUACAUCAGGACCAGCAGCUGGAAAAUUCUGCUGGGACCGGCAGCCAGAUUAUAGCGCAUACAGAGAAAGUAGCUUUGGUCAUGGGAUUUUUGAGGUAAAAAAUGAGACUCAUGCUCUGUGGACAUGGCACCGAAAUCAGGACAUGUACAAUUCUCCUGGAGAUCAGAUUUACAUAGUAAGGCAGCCUGAGAGGUGCCCAACUGAACCAAAGGUAACUAAGCUUUGGAGAAUCUGGAAAACGAAGCUCAUAACUGAAUACAUAGCAAAAUCUAGACUGCUAUUUUAUAUGUAAAUGCAAGCAGAUGCCAACCAGGGAGCCCUAACACAUAUAUCUACACCAUCUAUUGCAUGUGUAUUUCUUUUUUAUGGAAAUACACAAGAACAUGUUAUCUUUUAUUAUCCACUGCAACUUGAUCUUUCAUGCAUUAUGGCAUUAUUUUUUUUCCCAGAAGGGGAAAGGGUAAUAAGCCAACAUACAGCUGAUAAAAGUUUUAUUGUUAGUAAGACUCCACUUUUAUAUGAAAAACAAAAAAGGAAAGAGUUUCAUAUUUCUUAGUUAUCGAGGCAGAAAUAAGCCAGGUGUUUGUGACAUUUCAACAGAUAAGUUUUUUUCUCAUUGCUUUGCAACACUCACUGCUUUAUAUUCUGGAACAGCACUUUUAAUCUGCCUUGUCUAAGAAUUCCCCAUGCCCAGAAUCAUGGAAGAUUGUCUACUUACUUUUCUCGUCUUAACUAGAAGGUUUCCCACAAGUGCUGAGAUCAAGAAGCCUGUGGCGCAGACAGACGAAAUGAGGAGCAUCAGUGCAUUGAUCGAUCGAUCGAUCGAUCUGAUUUCUAAAUGGAUUUCCAGAGUCUGCAGAGUUAAAACAUACAUGUAACACAAUAACAAAAACAUUUAUAUUCCUUAUCAUUCAAUAAUUUCUUUUAUAAUUUAUAUUACAAGAAUAUAGGAAAGUCACCUUUAUCACUGUUCAUCGCCUGUAACCCAGAAAUCUUGAUGUGUUUAUGUGAAGAAUUCUAAUCAAAGAUGUGAGAAGUUAUCACAUUUUCCA